AGUAUCAACUCUGUUUUAUUUAGAUUUGGAUUCAUGCACAUGGAUCUUUCAAAUGGAUUUUUGAAAAAUUCUUCAAGUUUGUCAUUUCUUUAACCUGUUGAUUAUAAAUUAAUCAUUCAUCAUGGUACUUGGCUGGUCAGUAGCUAAUACUACCAUUUCUCAUCCUGAUUUACAUGCAAUGUGUUUGGCAACAUCGGGUAAUGGAAAAUGUGCACUCGUUUCACGACGAUCGAUUUCGAUCAUCCGAACGGAUAAUCUAGCCAAAAUUGAUUCGGUCAUCAACCGAGAAACUAAAUGGGACACCACACAUGCUGAGUUCAGUCCACCUGAACCAAAACAGUUGGCCAUUACCAAUGCUCAAACGAUUAAUAUUUACAACAUUGAUGAAAGCAAUUGGUUGAUGCAUACACUAAGCGGCCAUACUCGUACGAUUACCGAUCUGAAUUGGUCUUAUAAAGAACCGACCAUUUUGGCAAGUUCCUCGUUUGAUAAUUACAUUUAUAUCUGGGAUCUCAGGGAAACAAGGAAGCCCAUAUAUCUGAUGCAUUCGAUUUCGGGAGCAUCUCAGAUCAAAUGGUCAAAAAUAAACGAAAAUAUCCUGGCAACUAGUCACGAAGGAGAUGUUCGAAUCUGGGAUAAAAGGAAAAGUAACAUGCCAUUGCAUUAUGUAUCAACUUAUUUAGCGAAAAUAACCGGAAUCGAUUGGAGUCCAUUCUAUGAGAAUAAAUUUUUGACCUGUUCUCAGGAUGGAAGUAUCAAAUUGUGGGAUUUAACAAAUUGUAGCAAAGGAAAAAGUGAAUAUCACAUGACAACAGGUUUACCCAUUUGGAAAGUUCGUUAUACACCAUUUGGAAAUGGAUUGUUGACAUCAUUGGUGCCACAAAUGCGACGAACCGGUGAGAAUAAUUCACUUUGGAUGUGGAAAAUCAAUUCACUCGAUCAGCCAGUACAUUCAUUUGCUGGACAUCUUGAUGUUGUGCUUGAUUUCGGUUGGAACAUGAUAGAUUCAGAUGAUUAUGAAUUGAUCACAUGGGCUCGCGAUAAUACUUUUAGAAUGUGGAAAGUUAAUCCUAAAGAAUUUGUGCGCAACAUUCAUGAUUCGCUUUCGGAAGAUCAACAACAUGAUCACACAGAGGAUAUAUCAUCCGAUUUCGAUACUCAAUCUGCCAAAUUUUCAAAUCUUGACCUAAGCAAAUCUAGUGAUCUAUCAUCACCAAUGUCGGAGAAAUGUGAAUCAAACAAAAGUGAAUUCGAUAAUUUUGAAGAUAAAUCCGAUAAGGUGUUCAGUUUGAAACAGGAAUUCUCUCUAUUUAAUUCGAACAUUCCUAAUCUAAUGAUCGAAGAACUUAAUGUUAAUAAACGUACUUGUAUAGCAUCGUUAAAAUCAUCAAUCAUAUGUCGAUUGAGAAUAUUCUUUCCUAUUAAUUAUCCCAACACAAUACCAGUGUUUUCAUUUCUAAAUGAUACACCGAUACAAAAUUCGCAUACGGUCAAAUCAUUGGAUGAUAAAACUAAAAAAGAAAUUCUCACUGAUCUACAAUCGACAGCUACAUUUCUUGUGCAACAUAACCGUAAUUGUCUGGAAAAAUGUCUUCGGCAAUUUGUUCAUCUUAUCGAAGAAUCAACGUCAUUAAAUCUGAACAAUGUAAAUACCAUUAAACCUCAACCUACCGUAUUGGAUAUACUUACCUCUCAUGAAUAUGUUAGCUAUUUGGAUGCAUCGGUUCCAUUUCCUCGUACAUCCGGAGCACGAUUUUGUUCAUCGGAAAUUCUUGUCUGUUUUGGACGGCCACCACAUCUGGAACAGAUGAAUGUACCUACAGAAUAUACACCGCGAUCAUUAUCAGCGCUAUCAUCCUAUCUGGACAAUCAUGUGCGAGCUUAUAAUUCAAAUCAUAUGAGUGUUAAAGAUAAUAUUCCAUCAAUCUCAUCAUUCUAUAUUGAUUCAUCAAAAAAACAUCGAUCAUUUCGUAAAAUUCAUCAAUAUCAAGAAAAAAAGACCGUCAAUCUCUGUGGUCCUGUAAUGGUAUUUAGUGUCACGAAAUUGUUACCGAUUUCUCGACAAUUAGCCGAACAAUAUCUGAUACCAUCACCGAGAGGUAACAUAAUAAGCUUUUGUGAGAUGAAUGCGAAAAUUGCCGCCACUUCUGGCCGUCGUGAUCUUCAACAAACAUGGAAUCUGGUUCGAUUGUCCGCCGAGAUUUAUCUGAAAAAUCGUUUCAUAUCUUCUGAAGAGCUAAAUUCACAUUGGUCCAGACAUCCAUUUGGUGGAAAAAUGAUACAAUCUAUGAUUGAACAUUAUGUAUUGAAAUGUAAUGAUAUUCAAACAGUUGCAAUGAUUUCAAGCGUGAUAAGUUCAUGUAAACUUAGUUGGCAAGAACACGUUCCUUCGUUUGUUCCGAGAAAACAUCAACCCCGAAUCAAUUACAAUUUAUCAACCCAAGAUGAAAUGUCCAAUCAACUGGACACCGAAUGGGCCAUAAUCAAUGCACGAGGAGAUGUAACAGGAAAAAAUCGUAUAAGAACAAGUAGUUGUUCGUCAAAUCAAGAAAUGAAUAUUAAUCAAAACAAAAGUGAUAAAUCCAGCACCGACAGUAAUGAGGAAUCUAAUUUAAAUGAACGUAUUGAAACGACAUUUGAUUCAAAAUUAGUACUUGAAUAUGAUUAUUAUAAAAAAAUUUAUCUCGACAUUCUGUAUCGAUGGAAAUUGAUCAAAAAACGCGCACAACUUUUGAAGACUAUCGAAUCGAAAAUGUUAUAUGAUGAUCAAUCACAUAUAGUUUCAUUUGUUAAUGAAUGUUUUACUCAAUCCUGUAAGGAUAGGCAAAAACUUUGCUCCAAUUACAUUUGUAGCCACUGUAAUCGAAUAUCAUUAAUCUGUACAAUAUGCCGUUUACCUGUAAAAGGUGCCACCAAUCAUUGUAUGAAAUGUGGCCACGGUGGCCAUACUAAUCAUAUGAAUGACUGGUUUCAAAAACAUGAAGAAUGUCCAUCCGGUUGUGGAUGUGUUUGUCUUGGUAAACUAAACAUUAAACAAUGGACAUGAUUUCUUAUUUUA